UUCACUUACUUGUUCACUUACUUAUUCACUGACCCAAUUCCUCUUUUGACUCUUUACGAACCCAAUCGGCUUUCUAAAUAUGGCCACACACAAUAUCGUUGUUUUCGGCGGUGAUCACAGCGGCCCCGAGGUCGUUGCCGAGGCUGUGAAGGUUAUCAAAGCCGUCGAGUCUGCCAGACCCUCUGUCGGCAAGUUCAACCUCCAAGAACACUUAUUAGGUGGCUGCUCGAUCGACGCCCACGGCACAGCCCUCACAGACGAGGCCCUCGCGGCCGCCAAGUCGGCGGACGCGGUGCUCCUCGGCGCCAUCGGCGGCCCGGAAUGGGGCACGGGCGCGGUGCGGCCCGAGCAGGGCAUCCUGAAGCUGCGCAAGGAGAUGGGCACGUACGGCAACCUGCGCCCGUGCUUCUUCCCGUCCGAGUCGCUCGUCGAGUACUCGCCCCUCAAGGCCGAGGUGUGCCGCGGCACCAACUUCACCGUCGUCCGGGAGCUCACGGGCGGCAUCUACUUCGGCGAGCGGAAGGAGGCUGACGACGGCAACGGCGCGGAGGUCGCUUGGGAUACCGAGCUGUACUCCCGCCAGGAGGUCGAGCGGAUCACCCGCCUCGCCGCGUACAUCGCGCUGGCGAGCGACCCGCCCGCGCCCGUGUGGAGCCUCGACAAGGCCAACGUGCUGGCGUCGAGCCGGCUGUGGCGCAAGGUGGUGACGGAGACCAUGGCCCGCGAGUUCCCGCAGCUUAAGGUCCAGCACCAGCUCAUCGACAGCGCGGCCAUGAUCAUGGUCAAGCACCCGCGCGGGCUCAACGGCGUCGUCGUCACCAGCAACCUGUUCGGCGACAUCAUCAGCGACGAGGCCAGCGUCAUCCCCGGGAGCAUCGGCCUGAGCCCCAGCGCCAGCCUGAGCGGGAUCCCCGACGGGAAGUCUAGGUGCAACGGCAUUUACGAGCCUAUCCACGGCUCGGCCCCCGACAUCUCGGGCAAGGGCAUCGUCAACCCGAUCGGCACGAUCCUGUCGGUCGCCAUGAUGUUCCGGUACUCGCUGCAGCUGCCCAAGGAGGCCGACGCGAUCGAGCUGGCGGUAAAGAACGUGAUCGACGCCGGCGUCCGGACCAAGGACCUCGGCGGCGAGGCCGGCACCAAGGAGACGGGCGACGCCGUCGUCGCGGAGCUCGUCAGGGUCCUUAAGAACUAAACGUGAACAUAAACCUAAACCUAACCUAGGUACCUUGGGUAGGUAGGUAGGUAGGUAAGUAGUGAAAAUGGGCGCGAGGAAGAUUGGGCCUCCUCUCCUACCAACCAACCAACCAAACCAUUCUCUUGAUGAAAGGCUACGAGGCUUCGGCGGCGGUAUUUACGGCGGUGUUUCUCGGUCGGGUUAAAACCAAGGUUUCGUCAAGGUUCAUGGGGAAAAAAAAAAAAAGGAGGGAACUGCAAUACAAUAUAUGGUAUACGUAUGUGGUCUCCUAGUUUACGACAUGGCAUGCGCCUCGACGCGAUCAAUGAAAAUCCAACGAUUUCAAGUUUCUAGGCUCGGGUUAAAUUAAAACAUGACGAGUUCGUGGCAAAGUACAAAUGGCUCUCUCUCUCUCUCUCCUAGUUGAUUUGAUAGUAGCCCUGGCAAAACACCAAGCUCUCUCUAGGUUAAUCGAUUCAGUCAAUAUAUUCAUUCCUGUUUCUCCCC